UGUCUCCAUUACUCUAAGAGGUGGAUCAAAAAAAAUCUUGCUGUGAUUUAUGUCAAAGAGUAGGAACAAUAUUUUUUAAAGAAAGAAAUAAAUGAGGAUCAACCAGGACCUGGACUGGACUUUGACCUGUGAGGAGGUUUUGGCCCCAGAAGCUAGAAGGCCCUGGGCUUUCCAACUGACUUUGUCUGCAAGGCUGAAUUGAGGCUGGAUUCUCUUCCUAUGUACGUGGACUGACCUGGCUGCAGAAGCUCCCCCACACCCACACCCCAGUGAUCCAGGUUGAGCAGAUUCCUGCCUGACCAAAGUGACCUCAAAAAGGAGGGAAAAUGGCUUCUGAAUCUGAAACCUUGAAUCCCAGUGCUCGGAUAAUGACCUUUUACCCGACUAUGGAGGAGUUCCGGAACUUCAGUCGUUAUAUUGCCUACAUUGAAUCCCAAGGAGCUCAUCGGGCUGGGCUGGCUAAGGUUGUUCCUCCAAAGGAGUGGAAGCCACGAGCGUCCUAUGAUGAUAUUGAUGACCUGGUCAUUCCUGCCCCCAUCCAGCAGCUAGUGACUGGGCAGUCUGGCCUUUUUACUCAGUACAACAUACAGAAGAAAGCCAUGACUGUUCGAGAGUUCCGCAAGAUAGCCAAUAGCGAUAAGUACUGUACCCCACGCUAUAGUGAAUUUGAAGAGCUUGAACGGAAAUACUGGAAAAAUCUCACAUUCAAUCCCCCAAUCUAUGGUGCAGAUGUGAAUGGCACUCUCUAUGAAAAGCAUGUUGAUGAGUGGAAUAUUGGCCGCCUGAAAACAAUCCUGGACUUGGUGGAAAAGGAGAGCGGGAUCACCAUUGAGGGCGUGAACACCCCAUACCUGUACUUCGGCAUGUGGAAGACAUCCUUUGCCUGGCACACCGAAGACAUGGACCUGUACAGCAUCAAUUACCUGCACUUCGGAGAACCCAAAUCCUGGUACUCCGUCCCGCCUGAGCACGGAAAGCGGCUGGAGCGCCUGGCCAAAGGCUUUUUCCCGGGCAGUGCUCAAAGCUGUGAGGCUUUUCUCCGCCAUAAGAUGACCUUGAUUUCGCCUUUAAUGCUGAAGAAAUACGGAAUUCCCUUUGACAAGGUGACUCAGGAAGCUGGAGAAUUUAUGAUCACUUUCCCUUAUGGGUACCAUGCCGGCUUUAACCAUGGCUUCAACUGUGCUGAGUCCACUAAUUUUGCUACCCGGCGGUGGAUCGAGUAUGGCAAACAAGCUGUGCUGUGCUCCUGCAGAAAGGACAUGGUGAAGAUCUCCAUGGACGUGUUUGUGAGGAAGUUCCAGCCAGAAAGGUACAAACUCUGGAAAGCUGGGAAGGACAGCACCGUCAUCGACCACACUCUGCCCACGCCAGAAGCGGCCGAGUUUCUCAAGGAGAGUGAACUGGCCCCGAGAGCCCAGAAGGAGGAGGAGUGCCCGGAGGAGGAUGACAUGGAGGGGGUCGAGGAUGGAGAGGACGGUGACCUGAAGAGGAGCCUGGCCAAGCACCGUAUCGGGACAAAGAGGCACCGAGUUUGUCUUGAAAUCCCACAGGAGGUGAGUCAGAGCGAGCUCUUCCCCAGGGAGGAGCUGGGCUCUGGACAGUACGAUAUGGCGGAGUGCCAGGCCGCCCUUGCUCCUGUGAGGCCCACCCACAGCUCCGUGCGCCAAGUGGAGGACGGUCUCACCUUCCCAGAUUAUUCCGACUCCACCGAAGUCAAAUUUGAAGAGCUUAAAAAUGUCAAGCUGGAAGAGGAGGAGGAGGAGGAGGAGGAGGACCAGGACCAGGAAGCGGCCGCCUUGGACCUUUCUGUGAAUCCAGUUUCUUUUGGGGGUCGCCUCGUCUUCUCAGGCUCCAAAAAGAAGUCAUCUUCCAGCCUGGGCUCUGGUUCUUCACGGGAUUCUAUUUCUUCUGAUUCAGAAACCAGUGAGCCUCUGUCCUGCCGAGCCCCAGGGCAAACGGGAGUCCUCACUGUGCACAGCUACGCCAAAGGGGACGACAGGGUCACCGCAGGAGAGUCAUGCACGAGGAAGAAAGGGGGCGCCACCAGGAGCAUCAACGAGCGGGAGCUGGCCGAGGUUGCGGAUGAAUACAUGUUUUCUCUGGAGGAGAGUAAGAAGUCCAAGGGCCGUCGUCAGCCCUUAAGCAAGCUCCCCCGCCACCACCCGCUCGUGUUGCAGGAUUGCGUCAGCGAUGAUGAUGUAUCAGAACAGGGGACCCUCGAGGAGGAGGCUGAGGAGACGGAGGCCUGGGCCAAGCCCCUGAGCCAGCUGUGGCAGAACCGCCCUCCAAACUUUGAGGCCGAAAAGGAAUUCAACGAGGCCAUGGCCCAGCAGGCCCCUCAUUGCGCCGUCUGCAUGAUCUUUCAGACUUACCAUCAGGUGGAGUUCGGAAGCCUUAGUCAGAACUGCGGCAGUGCUCCAGAUUUAGCGCCCCAGAAGCAGAGGACCAAGCCACUGAUUCCAGAAAUGUGCUUCACCUCGACUGGGUGUAGCACGGACAUCAACCUGUCCACCCCUUACCUAGAGGAGGACGGCACCAGCAUCCUAGUGUCCUGCAAGAAGUGCAGCGUCCGGGUCCAUGCCAGUUGCUACGGGGUGCCCCCUGCAAAGGCUUCUGAAGACUGGAUGUGUUCUCGGUGUUCGGCCAAUGCCCUGGAAGAGGACUGCUGCUUGUGCUCAUUACGAGGAGGAGCCCUGCAGAGAGCCAAUGACGACAGGUGGGUCCAUGUCUCGUGUGCGGUGGCGAUUCUGGAAGCGAGAUUUGUCAACAUUGCAGAAAGAAGUCCAGUGGAUGUGAGCAAAAUUCCCCUGCCCCGCUUCAAACUGAAAUGUGUCUUCUGUAAGAAACGGAGGAAAAGAACUGCUGGCUGCUGUGUGCAGUGUUCUCAUGGCCGUUGCCCAACUGCCUUCCACGUGAGCUGUGCUCAGGCUGCAGGAGUGAUGAUGCAGCCAGAUGACUGGCCUUUUGUUGUCUUCAUUACCUGCUUUCGGCACAAGAUCCCUAAUUUGGAGCGUGCCAAGGGGGCCUUGCAGAGCAUCACUGCGGGCCAGAAGGUCAUUAGCAAGCACAAGAAUGGGCGCUUCUACCAGUGUGAGGUGGUAAGGCUCACCACGGAGACCUUCUAUGAAGUCAACUUUGACGACGGCUCCUUCAGUGACAAUCUCUAUCCCGAGGACAUAGUGAGUCAGGACUGUCUCCAGUUGGGUCCUCCUGCUGAAGGGGAAGUAGUCCAAGUGAGAUGGACAGACGGCCAAGUCUAUGGAGCCAAGUUUGUGGCCUCUCACCCCAUCCAGAUGUACCAGGUGGAGUUUGAGGAUGGCUCACAGCUUGUGGUUAAGAGAGAUGACGUGUACACGCUGGAUGAAGAGCUUCCCAAGAGAGUCAAGUCUAGACUGUCAGUAGCCUCAGACAUGCGCUUCAAUGAGAUUUUCACGGAGAAAGAGGUUAAGCAGGAAAAGAAACGGCAACGAGUUAUCAACUCAAGAUACCGGGAAGAUUACAUUGAGCCUGCACUAUACCGGGCCAUCAUGGAGUAGGUGCUUCCAGCGGCCAGGAGAGUCCCAGCUGCCAAGGCGAAAGCACUCUGGGGUUCCGCAGCACAGCAGACACUUGGAAUUCUGAAGUCUCUAAAAGUGAACUGUAAAAUGAAAAGGAAUGAAAUAACCGACCCCAUCAUCUUCUCACCCCACCCUCAUCGCAUUCCACUGUAAUGAAACAAUAAGCCGUACUUGGACAUGUGGCAGCAGCCGCUGAUCUCCCAGCUGAUGGGCUGAGCACUGGAACGCUGUGGCUGCAUGGGCCCCAGUCUGUAAUGGGGUCGACUGUGCUGGCUGGGCUGGUUGCCCUGUUCCUGGCCUUGGACUUAGCUUCCUAACGAUCACCUGCACCAACUAGGCAGAGGUGCUGGUGCUUGCCCCCUCCCCCUUUUUGUAUUUAUGUGUGUGUGUGUGUGUGUGUGGUGUGUGUGUGUGUGUGCGCGCGUGUGCGUGUGCGCGCGUGUGUGUGCGCGUAUGUAUGUUUGGUCUGGACCAGCUUCUGCCCGCCCCUGGCCUUUACUUUCUUCCUUGCCUAUCCAGGGCAACAAAAAUGUGAAAUUCUGCCCUCAGCUGAACUGAGUAAGGGCCCCUGGGGGUUGGCUGCAGAUGGCUGUGGCAUCCGUUUGUCUCUGGAACUGCCUCAAGAGAGUGCUGGCAAAGCUGCAGCGAUGAGAUGCUAAGGAGUUAACGCCACCUCUUUGCCUUCUCUUGAAGGAGAAGAUAGGGGUAAUCUGGGUGUGUGCCCAUAUCACUCUAGGCACAGAGCCCCUGUGGACAGUAUUAAAGGGUGUGGGUGGGGAAUACUCUGAAGGGGGAUCUAAUGAUGGAAGCAGGCAGAGCCUGGCGGAUGAGUCUGUCAACAGAAAAUUGCAAUCAUGCAGGGGCUGGGAGGGUUAAGAUGAACUGGGGCCGCUGGAGGCCAGGGGGUGGGUUUAGAUAUGCCCCCUGGUCUGGGGGUGGGAGGGAGCUGAUUUGGGAGCGGGGUGGGACUGGAGGGCAACACUGAAGGGGUUAAACAGGUUUUUGCUCCUUAUGAAUUUGUUUGCCUGGGCCCAGGGUUGGAGGGAUUCACACUUAUACCGUAUGUAUACAAGAAUCAGAUUUUAAUACUUCCCCUUUUUUUGUUACGUAUGAACGCUAUAAACCAAAUUAUUUUGAAAA